AUGGCUGAAGAAUCAUCCCAAGCUGUUGCCGCUCCAGUCGUUUCCAGCGAUGAGCAAAACUUGGUUGUUUCUUUCUUGCAAUUUAUUCGCCAAAAAGUCGCUCGUAACGAAUGCAAUGCUGAUCAAGUUGAAACUUUCGAGGUCGCUAUUCAAUGCUUGGAACAUGCUUUCGCUUUAACUGAUGCAAAUUACGCUUUCCAGCCUUCCAAACCACUUUUGGAAGUUUUCAAAGAUGCUGAGGGUCUUAAAACGGGUGAGAGUGCAUUGCCAGCUCCAAGCGAGGCUGAUAUUGCUCAAGCAAAUAAGCUUAAAGAGGAAGGAAAUGAUUUGAUGAAAGCUUCUCAAUUCGAUGCAGCCGUUAACAAAUACAAUGAAGCCAUUAAGCUCAACAGAGAUCCUGUAUAUUUCUGUAACCGAGCUGCCGCUUACUGCCGUUUGGAACAGUACGACCUUGCCAUUCAGGAUUGCCGUACUGCUUUGGCCUUGGAUUCGGGAUACAGCAAAGCUUGGGGAAGAAUGGGACUUGCAUUUUCGUGUCAAAACCGGUAUGAACAAGCUGCAGAAGCUUAUAAGAAAGCUCUUGAACUAGACCCUAACCAAGAAAGCUACAAGAACAAUUUGAAAAUUGCCGAAGACAAAGUUAAAGAGUUAGAACAAGCUCGCGCUUCUGUUGGACCUGGAUUGGCUGGAAAUCCAUUGGCUGGUUUAUUUGGUGCUGGUGCUGGUGGACCUGCUGCGAUGCCAAACAUUGGCCAAAUCUUUAGCGAUCCAAAUAUGCUAAACAUGGCACAGCAAAUGAUGACUGAUCCAGGAAUCAGUGAAAUGAUGAAUAGUUUGAUGUCAGGAAGCGGUGGAAUCGCAGAUUUGAUGGCUGCUGGACAACGAAUGGCACAGCAUAUACAACAAACGAACCCUGAAAUGAUCGAACAACUUCGACGACAAUUCGGAGGGCCAGGUGGUAGUGACGAUCAGAAUCAACCACCACAACCACCACCAUCGUCUUAA